AACUAAAGAACGUGUCGAGACUUUUGUUGUUUUCUCAAUCAUUCAUUCAUUGCGAAAUUCCAAAAUCAGAUAGGUCAACCUGAACAAAAAUAUACAAAAAACAAAAAAAAGAACGCAGCAAUGUCACAUUUCACAUGCAUCAAUUGCGAUGCGCGCUUCGCCAACGCAGACAUACAGAGGGAGCACUACAAAACAGAUUGGCACCGUUACAAUCUGAAGAGGCGCGUGGCUCAAUUGCCGCCCGUCACUGCGGAAGAGUUCCAGCAGCGUGUGCUAAGUGCCCGGAGUGCGACGGAGUCGGCUAUCGAGGAGCAGCAGAUGAGCAUCUAUUGCACCGCCUGUCGCAAACAGUUCGGCAACCAGAAGGCGCAUGACAAUCACCUUAACAGCAAGAGGCACAAGGAGGCGCUGGUGCGAUUAGAGCGGCAGCAGGCAGACUCGGACAGCGUAUCAGAUGUGUGUGUCAAGAGCAUUGUGGAGCCGCGUCCGCACCCGGCGUUGGCGGCAGCCGCUGCGGGCAAAGGACGCCUUGCAUUCGCGGAACGGGCAAUGCAGGUGGAUGCGGACGAGGAUGAUGACGACGACUUUGAGGACAUCGAAGAGGAGGAGGUCGAUUCGGAUGAAUGGGAUAAAAUAGCCGAGAAUCCGCUGACCGAGCGCGACUGCCUCUUCUGUAACCACCAGAGCGAGGACCUGGUGGAGAACCUGAAACACAUGUCGUUGGCACAUUCAUUUUUCAUUCCCGACACCGAAUACUGCACAGACAUCGAGGGCCUGCUUUACUAUCUGGGCGAGAAGGUGGCCAACUACUUCAUUUGCCUGUGGUGCAACGAUCGUGGCAAAACCUUCUAUUCCCUGGAUGCUGUCCGCAAGCACAUGAUCGACAAGGGCCACUGCCAGAUGCUGCACGAAGGAGUCGCCUUGGCCGAGUAUGCCGAAUAUUAUGACUACAGCGCAAGUUAUCCAGAUCAUAAAGAGGGCAUGGACAUUGACGAAGAGGUUGUACCCGAUCUACUCGACGGCGAUGAAUAUCAAUUGGUUUUGCCCUCUGGCGCCGUUAUCGGCCAUCGGUCGUUGCUCCGCUACUACAAGCAGCGCCUGCAUCCGACUCGUACAGUUGCCAUCAAGAAAUCGGAUCGUAAGCUGCAUCGCGUGCUGAGCGAGUAUCGAGCACUCGGUUGGACCCAGACACAGCAACAGGCAGCGGCGCGUAAGGCGCGCGACAUUCAUCUAAUGAAGCGCGUGCAGUCCAAGUGGCAGAUGCAGCUGGGCACCAAGGCCAAUAAGCUGCAGAAGCACUAUCGCGCCCAGGUGCUAAUCUAGGAACGCAUAAAUGAAGUACAAUUUGUGUGGCAUAGAA